AUGGUUCAAUUCUCUGGCCUUGCUGUCGCAGCUCUUCUCAGCGGUGCAGCCAUCGCAGCUCCUACUCUUCAGGAGCGUGGCAGCUGUACCUUCUCUGGCUCCUCCGCCGCAUCCAAUGCUCUCAAGCAGAAGAAGUCUUGCUCUAGCAUCAUCAUCAAGGAUGCUGUUGUUCCCGCUGGUACCACCCUUGACCUGACCGACCUGGCUUCUGGCACCACUGUUACCUUCGAGGGUACCACCACUUUUGGCUACAAGGAGUGGAAGGGUCCCCUCGUCUCCGUCUCUGGUGACCACAUUACCGUCGUCGGUGCCUCUGGAUCUGUCAUCGAUGGUGAUGGCAGUAGAUGGUGGGACGGCAAGGGUACUAACGGCGGCAAGACCAAGCCUAAGUUCUUCUACGCCCACAAGAUGACCAACUCCAAGAUCCAGAACAUCAAGAUUAAGAACUCGCCUGUCCAGGUAUUCUCCAUCAACAACUCUAAGCAGCUUACCCUCACCGGCGUUACCGUCGACAAUUCCGCCGGAGACGGCGACAACAAGGGCCACAACACUGAUGCUUUCGACAUCGGUUCUUCCUCCGGUAUCACCAUCAAUGGUGCCAACAUCCACAACCAGGAUGACUGUGUCGCUAUCAACUCUGGAUCUGACAUCACUGUUUCUGGCUCUACUUGCACUGGUGGCCACGGUCUCUCCAUCGGCUCCGUUGGUGGUCGUGAUGACAACACAGUCUCUGGCGUUAAGUUCUUGAACAACAAGGUUACCAACUCCCAGAACGGUCUUCGUAUCAAGACUGUCUAUGGUGCUACUGGCAAGGUUUCUGAUGUCACCUACUCUGGUAACGUUCUCUCUGGUAUUACUAAGUACGGUGUUGUCAUCGAACAGGACUACGAGAACGGCUCUCCCACCGGCAAGCCCACCAACGGCGUUCCAAUCACCGGCCUCACCAUGACCGACAACACUGUUGGUGUUUCCAGCUCUGGUACCAACACCUACAUUCUCUGUGCCUCUGGUGCUUGCUCCAACUGGAAGUGGUCUGGCAACAAGAUCUCUGGCGGCAAGAAGUCAAGCAAGUGCUCUGGCAUUCCUAGCGGCUCUGGCGCCAGCUGCUAA